AUGGAUAAUGAUUACACCGGUGACAAUAACCCUGACGAUUUUGAUAAUUCAAUGCAUAGAGAUGUUUUUAUUCAACCAGGUAUUACAAAUUUUAUAACUACUUGUAGCCCUUUCAUCACCAAUACAUAUGGACCAUAUUGUUUAAUGAAAGAUAAAAGACGUCUACAUCGCCGUUAUGUUAUUCAUCAGUCAUCGACUGAUUCAGAUUAUUCAAAUGUUAUAGUUGAUGGUGAAGAUGUGAAUUCAAUAAAAUGUAAUAAAUCUGAUGUUGCUAAUAAAUUUCGAACACGAACUCGAGAGAAAAUUGAUUUAGAUGGUAUUCGAUCGGACAACACUGAGACAAUAAUAAACGAUAUCUCCAAUAAUAAUAACAGUAAUAAUCAGACAACGUCUGAUGUAACUCCUAGUAAUAUUAACAACAGCAUUGACGAUAAAUCACAUUCAACUAGUUUAAUUCGUACAAAUAAAAUACUACGCGGAUUCAAACAAUGGCUUCAACGUCCUGUUGGUGUAAAUAAUAAUAAUAUUAAUAGCAAUAAUAAUGCUAGUAAUACCAGUAAUAGUAUUAGUACUAAUGGUCCCUCAGUUGGUUCAAUUAAUUUCUCAACUGCAAAUAAUCCAACCAAUACAAUGAACAACGUUGUCACCUCUACCACUGGUUAUUUUAGUGGUAGCUGUGGAAGUACCACCACCAGCAGUGUAAAUUAUCAUAAUGUAAACAGUAAUAACAAUUGGGAUAUAUCUUCUACCGUGGAUGUUUCGCAUUCGGAAUCUCCAAACAAUGAACAUAAAUUCAGCUCACUAAUGACAGUUGUUGAUCCUCCAAAUAUGACUGAUUUAGAUAGUCCUGGUCCUGUAUUCGGUGCUUCAUUAGAAUCUCAGUUAGAAAGUCCUGAUUAUCCAUGUGUUCCAGUCCUGUUACAAGCUAUUGUCAUAGCCUUAGAGAUACAUGGACUUAAUUUACCUGGUCUGUAUAGAAAACCUGGUCGACAUCGUACAAUUGCGCAAUUUGUCUCUUCAGUAAACCUGCAUCCUGAAGAUAUUGACUUGAUGUUUAGUUUGGAUGCUUGGCGUGAACCUAAUGCAUUAUGCGGUUUAUUUAAACAUUUUCUUCGACGAUUACCUGUUGGAUUAUUUUCUUUAUCCUCUUGGGAGCCACUUUCUGUCUUGUCCCAGAAAUUGGGAAUUCUUCCGAUAUGA